AUGUUGGAGAACCAAGUUGCUCAACUCGCUGAUACUUUGUCAAAAAGGCAACCGGGCAAACUUCCAGGGCAAUCUACUUCAUCUCAAGAUCACACUAGAGAGAGUGCUUGUGCCAUUGUUUUUCGGAGUGGUACUACAUAUGAUGCCCCCUUGGUACCUACUGAUUUUGGGGAUCUCGAAAAGGGGAGAGAGCAGGCUAGAAGAAAGAAGGAAAGAGUCAAGGAGAAGGCUAUUGAUGAUUCUCGCCCUUUUGUUCCCCGAUUGCCAUUUCCUCAUCGACAAUAUAAGUCAAAGGGUGAUCAUCAGUCUGGUGAAGAGGCAUAUGUUGAAAUUAAGACUGUGGAUGUAGGGGUUGAAACCCCGGGUGCUGAGAAUGAAAUAGAAAAGAAGGAAAGCGACAAGGAGAAGGUUACUGAUUCUCCCCCUUUUGCACCUACACUACCAUAUCCUCACCGAAUGCAGAAAACAAAAGUUGAUCAACAGUUCGGUAAGUUCUUGGCUAUGGUCAAGAAUCUUGAGGUAACGAUUCCUUUCAUUGAUUUAAUAUCUCAGAUUCCUAUGUAUGCAAAAUAUUUAAAUGAAUUAAUCACUAAGAAAAGGGAUCUUGGUGGUGUAGAGAGAGUGGCUCUAACUGAGGAGUGUAGUGCUAUGUUACAAAACAAGUCUCCCCCUAAAUUAAAUGACCCCGGCAGUUUCUCCAUCCCUUGUCAUAUAGGUGCUUUAAUCAUUGAUAAGGCUCUAUGUGAUUUAGGUGCUAGUGUGUCCGUCAUUCCCCUCUCUAUUUAUAAAAAGUUGAACAUGGGAGAAUUAAAAUGUACCACCAUUACUCUUCAAAUGGCCGACCAUUCUAUUAAAUACCCCUUAGGGGUUUUAGAAGACGUCCCCGUGAGAGUAGGUAAAUUCUAUAUUCCUGUAGACUUUGUUGUGCUUGACAUAGUAGAGGACACCCAGAUUCCAAUAAUCUUAGGAAGACCAUUCCUUCAUACUGCGGGGGCAGUUAUUGAUGUUAAGAGAGGGAAGCUAACCUUGACUGUAGGGGAUGACAAGGUGGUUUUUAACCUGUCUCAUGUGAUGAAAAGUCCAAUGAAAGAAGUGUCUUGUUCUUUGAAUACCUCUAUUGCUAAGUUGCCUCAUUCCAGUUCUAGAAAUCUUUCAAAUAAUGCACUUGGCUUGAAAGGGUUUGCAGGUGAUGAUGAUCCUGGAGAUGCAGUUGAUGCUAGUCCAAAAGUUGGAACAAGAGGUUCGGUACUCGAUGGCACCGGGUUUGGUGCCCCUGAUCGGUGA